ACACCGAACUGUCACGAAACACAUAACCAUAAAAUCGAUGUCGUAGUUAUUUAAAAGCAAUUUUCUAACAAAACCUGCAACAAUGCACUUACUCAGAAAUAUCUUGUUGGGUCGUCAAUAUAACAAAUUUGUAAGAAAUAACUAUGGAUUAUGUUCAGGAAGGAGACAUUUCUCGGGGAUCAAUAAAGUUUCAUCAAUUUCAUCAUCACCCAUGGCAACUGAAGUUUUGUUUAUACCAAAGUCACCCAAAAUAAAUUCGAUCACAGAUACUAGAUUCUACUGUGUUACUGUGGAAGUGGAUCCAAAUACCUUUGAAAAAGCAUGUGAAGAGACCCUGGAAUCAUUAACUGACUACUUCGAGGAAAUAGUCGAGCAAUCCAAUUUGAAUGAUGCUGAUGUUUCAUAUAGUAGUGGAGUUUUAACUGUUAAUCUUGGCAGGGAACAUGGUAUUUAUGUGAUCAAUAGACAGUCGCCAAACAAACAGAUUUGGUUGAGUUCGCCAGUGUCUGGACCAAAGAGAUUCGAUUUGAUAGCUGAAGAUGAUUACUGGGUUUACAAGCAUUCAGGGGAAACUUUACAUCAAUUAUUACAAAUGGAAAUGAGCAAGGUGUUUGCAAAUGGUGUUGAUUUUUCCAUUUGUACUUACAGUAAACUAUAAAUUGUUGAUUAUUAUAUAUUAAAACUGCUGCAAACUUAAAGAAAA